AUGGAGGUUAGUUAUGACAAGCCAGUCAUGUUGACAACUAAUCAUGAUAAAAAGGUGCAGAAGAAUAAUCAAGAUUGUGCACAUAAGAGAAGUUUGUCAGAACAUGAUAAUACAAAUAAUACUGAUAAAUUAGCUAUUGAGCUAGAAAAAAUUGCAUUGAUAGAAAAUGGAAGAGAUGCAAGUUUAAAAUAUUAUAGUGAGUAUAAAAAGUUUAUAAGUAGUAGAAAAAAACAAGAUUUUAACAAAACAGUCUCGAUCAAAAAGCUAAGUGCAGACAAAAGACUGAAAAGACCUAAUAACACUAUUAAAGAAAGCAAGCGUCAUUGUAGUAGUAAAAGCAGUUCAAAAGAUAAAGCAGUAGAGAAAAUUGAUAAAGCAGAGAGUUUCGAUUAUAGUUACAAAGGCAUCUUUGAAAAAAUUUUAGCAAGACUUGACAGAAUUGAGAAAAG